AUGGGCUUCUCGCUUCUGCUGGCCAGCGCCGUGGGCACCCUCGUCCUGGUGCCGCUCUUGCUCUGCCUGGCCUCGGUGAAACUCUGGCACUGCUACUGCCUGCGGGGCCGCGAUCCCGCUUGCCCCUUGCCGCUGCCGCCGGGCACUAUGGGGCUGCCUUUCCUGGGAGAAACUCUCCAGCUGGUGCUGCAGCGUCGGAAAUUCCUGUCGAUGAAGCGGCGGAGAUACGGCCGCGUCUACAAGACGCACCUCUUCGGGAGGCCCACGGUGCGGGUGAUGGGGGUGGAGAACGUGCGGCACAUCCUAUUGGGUGAACACCGGCUGGUGGCCGUGCACUGGCCGGCUUCGGUGCGCAUCAUCCUGGGCUCCGGCUGCCUCUCCAGCCUGCACGACGGCCAGCACAAGCACCGCAAGAAGGUCAUCAUGAAAGCUUUCUCCCGGGAAGCCUUGGAGCAUUACACCCCAGUCAUCCAGGAGGAGGUGUGUGCUUGCUUGAAGCAAUGGCUCUUGGUUAGUUCUGCUAGUGGCUCUUGCCUAUUGGUUUACCCCGAAGUUAAGCGCCUCAUGUUCCGGAUUGCAAUGCGCAUUCUACUGGGAUUCCAGCCCAAUCAGGCAGGUUCCAAGAGUGAGCAGCAGCUGGUGGACACCUUUGAAGAGAUGAUCCGCAACCUUUUCUCCCUGCCAAUUUAUGUGCCUUUCAGUGGCUUAUACAAGGGUUUGAAAGCACGGAAUGUCAUCCAUGCCAAAAUUGAAGAGAUCAUUCGAGUGAAAUUGGCUGAGAAGGAGCCCUCCAAUGGUUAUAAAGAUGUGUUGCAGCUGUUGAUAGAGCACACCCAAAGCAGAGGAGAACAGCUCAACAUGCAGGAGCUCAAGGAAUCUGCAACCGAACUUCUCUUUGGCGGGCAUGAGACCACAGCGAGUGCAGCCACAUCUCUGAUUACCUACCUCAGCCUUCACCCUAAAGUGUUGCAAAAAGUGAGAAAGGAAUUGCAAGAGAAGGGAUUGUUGGGCAAUUGCAGUCAAGAGAAGCUUUUGGGAAUGGAAGUCCUGGAGCAGCUGAAAUAUACUGGCUGUGUUGUCAAAGAGACUCUCCGACUCAGCCCGCCAGUUCCAGGGGGGUUCAGGGUGGCCCUCAAAACUUUUGAGCUCAAUGGAUACCAGAUUCCAAAAGGCUGGAAUGUUAUAUAUAGCAUCAGUGACACCCACAGUGUAGCCGAACUUUUCACCAACAAGGAAGAAUUCAACCCUGACCGUUUCAUGGCUCCUUUCCCAGAAGAUGCGUCACGAUUUAGUUUCAUUCCUUUCGGAGGAGGCUUGAGAAGCUGUGUGGGCAAAGAGUUUGCCAAACUUCUUCUCAAAAUAUUCACAGUAGAGUUGGCUCGGAAUUGUGAUUGGCAGCUUUUAAAUGGACCUCCAAUAAUGAAGACCGGCCCAACUGUUUAUCCAGCGGACAAUCUCCCUACAAAAUUUACCACUUUUAAAGGCUGAGACUAAUUCCAUUUAAAGCUUGCACACCAGCUUUUUAUAAUGUCUUAAGU